AUGUAUAAGCUUGACCAGCGCUUCGUGAAAAACAACCGCGACCCUGAAGACGUGGCCUUUGGAGCCGCGGCAAAGGAGGAUGGACGGCUAUUCUAUAACGACGCCGGUUUCCUCCUCGCGCUGGCUUUUGCGGACGGCGCUCUGUACGGGUACGACACCUUCGCCGACCUUCGCCAACAGGUCAUCCCUCCGGACCGGGAUGAGAUCCCGCUUCGGUUCAAGGACGAAGUGUUAGAUUUGCCCAUUGCUCGCAAAUGUACCAAGAAGGACGGCGUGACCAACGAUCCAAUGUCCCAGAACCAAUUCCGCACCAUUUCUCAGAGCAGUCUUGUUAAUGCCGGGUACCAUUGGAGACUCCAGAUCCAUGCUAUUCGACGUCAAGUGGGGAAGGGAUUGGACAUGGCGAACUGCUCUUCGGUCGACGGCCAGGCCGCUUUUCGAGAGGAGGAGAGUGACCACCGGCACGUCGAGUAUUUCCAAGGCCUCGAAAAAUUUCGCGAGAAUGGUCUGCCUACUCGACUCCCUGCCCACCUCGAGAAAGAGGUGGAACGAGACCCUGAGCUUUGUACUCUUAAGGCCGAGGUCCAACGACUCAGAACCGAGGGAAAGAAUCAAGACUUCACCGUUGCCCAGCGUCGUUUAACGACACAUUCUACGAGACUCAAGAAAGCUGCACUGGAUCUCUACCAGGAAUGCUGGAUCCAGGAGCGCCGAGACUGGAUUGUUCAGAGCCGUGGAAGGCAGAAGGCCAAAGACGGAUCCAAGACGGUGUUGGCCCCGAGCAUUUACAAUCUGUUCCCCGAACGGGGACGGCUGGCGCGGGCAAUGGCAUCGACCCACGCGCUACCGGUAGAGGAGAUGUGGGCCGCCUUACAGGAUCUUGUCACUCUCUGCCGUCGAGACAUGGACACUGUGUACCUCCCCGGCUCGCGUCCUGUUGACGGUCUCUGCCCCAUUUGUCAACGGAGGAUGAAAAGGUACGUUUCCAACAUGCUGCCACUUACGUAUUUUGGUUGA